AUGGUGAUAUUCAAGAGAGAUUUUUUCCAGCUUGUGUUUCUUUCAUCUACUCUCUAUGGCUGGACAAAAGAGGUUCCAUGCACAGAGGAGUCUCCUAUUUCUGCAACGAACCCAUAUGGGCGUACUAAGCUUUUUAUAGAAGGAAUCUGCCGGGGGAUGUACAUCGCUCUGACCCUGAAUGUAAGAUCAUACUACUUAGAUACUUCAAACCCUGUUGGUGCACAUCCUAGUGGUUACAUUGGUGAAGAUUCUCUUCGAUUUCCAAACAAUCUCAUGCCUUAUGUCCAACAAGUUGCAGUUGGCCGUAGACCUCACCUCACCAACCCGAAAACCCUAAGACCAUCAGCUCCUACUCCUUAUAAAGAGAGAUGCAGCCCCUCUUUUUGUCUCAUUCACAAAUCGAGAAGCGAAGCUCUGCAGAGAUUCCCGGAGACUGGAAGCCCUAGCCGUCGCGUCUCUUCCUCUUCUCUUCCUUCUCUCUUCCGCGCGCCGCCUCUCUCUCUCUCUCUCUCUUCGCCGUCCGCUUCUCUCUCCCUCUCCGGCGGACGAGUGGUGGUGGUCGUGGUGGUGAUCGCCGGUGUGGUGGUGGUGUAA